GGGCUUCACAAGCAUAAAUAGAUGCAGCUGUUCCGGCGAGCUGCAUUAUCGUCCAACAGUUGGGCUUGGGGUCCAAAUCCACUCAACCCUAGAAAAACAACGAAUAAUAUAUCUCAAUAGUUAUCUUUUUUUCAGUUCCCCCGGUCUUGUAAAUGAUUGAACCUAGCCUCGAGUCACGAUAAGUCUAUAAGGUAGAUUUCUAGAUCUUCAAUUAUAACGAAACUCGAAACUUCACAGUAUAGUUAAGUGAAGACUAUAAGUGAAGCUUAAAACCUCAUGGCGGGCACUACUACUACCUCGCCCCCUCUUCAGGUUCGAGAGCAUAUCAAUGGUGAUACAAACGGCCGCCCAUCACUAGCGAAUAGAGGAACUUCAAAAUCGUCCUUGAAGAACACCCCGUCUACCCUGCAACAGCACAUCGCGUUCUUCGACCGCGACAAUGACGGAGUCAUCUGGCCUAUGGACGUAUACAACGGAUUCCGCGAUCUAGGCUUCUGCAUGCUCUUCUCCCUGGGCUCCCUCCUCAUCCCCGUCUUCUUCUCCUACCCCACGCGGCUAGGCCACUCAUGGAUCCCCGACCCGUUCCUGCGCAUCUACGUCAACGACAUCCACAAGGCGAAGCACGGCUCCGACUCGGGCGUGUACGACUUCGACGGGAACUUCAGCCCGGACCGGUUCGACCGGAUGUUCACGCGCUUCGACACGUCCGGCACCGGCGGGCUCGACGUGGACGACCUGAGGUUGCUGCUGAGCAAGGACCGGUGCGCGGCCGAUCCGGCGGGCUGGAGCUUUGCGUUCAUGGAGGUCUGGACGACGUGGCUCUUGCUGCAGCAGGACGGCCGGGUCUGGAAGGACGAUCUGAGGGCGUGUUAUGAGGGCACGUUGUUCUGGAGGAUAAGCGAGGAGAGGGCUAAGGGGGAUGGCUGGCAGAAAGGCUACGGGAUUCACGAUCUUGUACAGAGCUUGUGGCUUAAUGGGACUUGGAAGAGUUGGGAAACGCAAACUAAGCAAGCUACCUAGUUAAAUUGACUAUAGGUUGAAUAAUACAUGAGAUCUCCCAUCGUACCUCCCGACUAUUACUAGGCUAAGUACCUGAGGUUAUCACCACAGAACAUUGCCUUAUUCAAGGUAUAACUGGGAUGUUGUAUUCU